AUGAUUCUUAGUGAGCUCCUUCGUUCACUAAUCGCGCCAAGGCGUCGCGCACUCGGUUUCCAAAGCCCCAACCCUUCCCAUCUCCGCCCGUCCUUCCGCCUCCGUCCCUCCCCGUCCCGCCCCGUCCCGCCCCCGCGCGCUCCCCGCCAGGGCAUAGUGUGCGACGCGGCGUCGGGCAGGGUGGUGGGUCUGUCGCUGCCGGAGAUGGGGCUGUCGGGGCAGCUGCCGGGGGAGAUGGCGCAGAUGAACGACCUCACCAGCAUCGAGGUGCCGCGCAACUACCUGCAGGGUGACAUCCCCAACACCAUCAACAACCUCGGCAAGCUCCAGGUGGCGGACCUGGCGGGCAACGCCAUAAGCGGGCAGAUCCCGGACCUGUCGCCCAUGCGCGCGCUGCGCGUGCUGCUGCUGGACGGCAACCAAUUGCAAGACGCCGUGCCCUACACCAUCACCGCGCUCUCCAGCCUGGGUCUGAGCGGAAACACGCUGGGCGGCGCGCUGCCGUCCACGCUGUCAGCGCUGUCCCGGCUGACGUGGCUGCGCGUGGACGGCAACCAGCUGGUGGGGCCGCUGCCGCCCGGGCUGGCGGCCAUGGCGAGCGCGCCUGGCGCCGUGUUCAACCUCACUGCCAACGACCCCACCCUGUGCGGCACGGCGGUGCGUGCGGUGGCAGUGCUAGCCAUAGCCCUCCUCCUCUUCGCCUUCCUCUGUCUGCGCAAGCCCAAGCACCCCUCCGCGCCCUCUUCCGCCUCUGCUACUGCCGCCGUUGCUGCAGUAGGAGGCACAGAUGCGAGGUCUGAGGAGGAGGCAGCAGAAGUGGAUUAUGGCGGGGAGAAGGACAGUGAGACAGGGCUGCUGCUGCUGCCGCCUCUCCCGCCCCCUGCCAUCCCCUUCACUGCCUCUUCCCCCUUGCUCGCCCCCACCCUUCCUCCGCCCAUCCCCACAUCGUCCCCUGUAUCUACUGCUGCUUCAGCUGCUGCCGUAUCACCAAAGUAUGGAGUUCCGGCACGUGCUGAUUCAUCUGCUGCUACCUCCUCCUCUCCCUCUGCUCCCCCUUCUGCCUCUGCUCCCUCUGCGGCACUGCAGGGCACGUCGCCUCGCUCCAUCCCAUCCUCCUCUUCCUCCCACACCCCGUCCCCCAAGCCCCAGCCGCUCCCCUCCUCCGCCACCUCAUUUCCCCCCAUUGUGAUCCCCCCUGUCGUCCCCCUGCCCUCCCUCCGCUCCCUUGCUCACCACCGCUCCCCCCUCCUCGCCUCCCAGGCAGCAGCAACAGCAGCAGCACCAGGGGGGGCAGGGAUGCAACCACUCACCCCGCCCUCUUACUAUCUCUCUGGGAGUCCCAAGUCCGGUUCCCCUCACACGCCCUCCUCGCUUCUCCCGCCUGCUGCCCUCCCUGAUUCCGCCACUGCUGCUGCUGCUGCUGCUGCCGGUGCUGCUGCUGGCACAGCAGCAGCGGCUGGGUUGCGAGGGGCAUCGAUGGAAGAAGGUGCAGGGGAGGCAGGGACAGGAGAAACAGGGGCAGCAGCGGCAGCAGGGGCAGCAGGGGCAGCAGGGGCAGCAGUUGCUGUGGCAUCAUCUAGCCGUCUGCCCACGUAUGGCGGCGCGGGUCGGGCUUUAAGAGCCGCCGAUCUUGAAGGGGAUAGUGAAAGCGGCGCGGAGGGAGGAGGGAAAAAAGGAGGAGGAGGAGGAGUGGGAGGAGGGGUGUGGAGCAGUGGUGAGGACGAGAGCAGCACUUGGAGUGAGAGCGAUGGGAGUGUGAUCGAGGGAAGGAGAGGGAAGCUGGGCCGCUCUGUGUCAGAGGUCAGUGGGAGGACGUGGGCCGCUGGAGGAGUGAGAGGGGGAGGGGGAGAAGGCAGAGAAACAGCAGCAGAAGCAGCAACAGCAGCAGCGCUGGUGGGAGGAGGCAGGGAAGGAAAAGCCCGAGGAGGAGGGGGAGGACGAGAGAAGGUUGGAGGGGCUGGGGACACGGAGGGAGACGAGGAGGCGAGCAGUGAGGAGAGCGAGAGCGGUGGGAGCGGCAGGGGAGGGGCGGAGAAGGUGUUUUCGUUGGCGGAGCUGGCUCUCGCCACCAAUGACUUUGGGCGGCAGGGGCAGCGGAACCUGCUGGGCGCGGGGAGGCACGGCGUGGUGUACAAGGCACGCCUGCCGGAUGGCACCACGGUGGCUGUCAAGCGACUCACCAACUGCAAUCCGGACCAGUCAGAGAGGGAGUUCCGGUUUGAAGCGGAGGCAGUGGCGAGGGCGAGGCAUCCCAACAUAGUGGCGCUGCUGGGGUGCUGCGCCGAGGGCGCUGAGCGCCUGCUCGUCUCUGAGUUCGUCCCCAACGGCACCCUGCAUUCCUGGCUGCACGCCCCUGCUGCUCCUGCUGCUGGUGCCGGUGCUGGUGCUGCUGGUGCUGCUGGUGCUGGUGGCCCCUCUGGUUCUGAUGGUGAUGGUGGUGGAGGUGCGGGUGAAUCCGCCGCGUGCGCGCCGCUGGAUUGGAAGCUGCGCGUCCACAUCGCCCUGGGAUGCGCCCGCGGCCUAGCAUACCUGCACGAGGGAGCGGACGUGCGGGUGGUGCAUCGCGACGUGAAGGCAUCGAACGUGCUGGUGGACGCGCAGUGGAACCCCAAGCUCGCUGACUUCGCCCUCGCCGCCAUCUCUGGCCGUCUCCACUCCCACGCGCCCUCCCGCCUCCUCGGCACCGUCGGGUACGUGGCGCCGGAGUACAUAAACACGGGGCUGCUCACGGAGCGCAGUGACGUGUACAGCUUCGGAGUGCUGCUGCUGGAGCUCGUGGCAGGCCGCAAGCCCAUCGACACACACCUCCCACCCGAACAGGUGGACAUAGUGCGGUGGGUGAAGCGGCUGGCGGCAGACGGCAGAUUAGCAGAGGCAGUGGAGGGGCGGAUAGCGGGGCAGGCGGGGGCGGACGAGGUGGAGUACGUGGUGGGCGUGGCGCUGCGCUGUGUGGACGGUAAUGCUCUCAAGCGCCCGCGCAUGCGCCAGGUCGUGGCCAUGCUCGAGACAGAGGACCCCACGCUGGUGAGGGGGGGUGGUUGGAGGAAUGCUGUUGGGGUGUGCGUGGAUGGGUACGGUGAGGUGCGGUGA